UAUAAAAUGCGUAUAAUUAGAGGUGGGCUUCCCUCCUUCCAUUCCUUUCCCUCCAUAAAACGAGAAGAGAAUGAAUUGGAUUUGAGAUUGAAAGUUGAUCGAAAAUGAGCUGUUACACCGACGGUGGUGGCGUGUUUGCGAGGCGCACAGCGUCGUGCGCAUCAGCGCCGAGCUCCGCCCCAAGUUCGCCGCGCAGCAGGGUCAAAUUCCUGUGCAGCCACGGCGGCAAGAUCCUCCCCCGCCCCUCCGAUGGCCAGCUCAAGUAUGUCGGCGGCGAAACCCGCGUCAUUUCCGUUCCCAGAGAUAUCUCUUUCAAAGAAGCAAUGAAGCGAUUGACCUACAUGAUGGAGGGGGAAAUGGUGCUCCGGUACCAGCUAGCGACGGAGGAUCUCGACGCCUUAGUGACGGUGAAAUCGGACGAGGAUUUGGGGAACAUGUUCGACGAAGUGGAGAAUUACCAAAUGAUGGGGUUUCCCAGAAUGCGGACUUUCCUCUUCCCCGUCCACAACCACAAACCCAACAACAACAACAACAACAACAUGGUGAUGGACGACCAACUGACGUUGGAUCAGUGCUACAUCUUUUCCAUCAAUGGCCUCAUCACUCCCAGGCACCUCUCUAACUCUAGCAAGCGCACCAGAGUCAGCUCCCUCGCCUCCUCCGCCUGCACAUCCCCCCGGUCGCGCACCAGAGUCAGCUCCCUCGCCUCCUCCGCCUGCACAUCCCCCCGGUCUCCUGACAGCUACGCUGCUGAAGCUCAUACAUUUGGAAAUAUUCAGAGGAUCCAAAGCUCACCCAGCAUAUGCAACCUCCUCAACAUCCCCCAACAGAACCAUUACUCUUCUCCUCCUACCCAUCAUCAGCAGCAACUUCCUCCUCAAUACUACCACACCAACAGUUUUAGGUCUCCCAGUCCGAUGAGGUCCGGAGCUGCUAGGCUCCAACAAGAUAACUCUGCUCCUCCCACGUCUUAUUACAAUCCAUCCAGAGAUCCCAAUCGAGGCGGAGGAAUAGAACAUUGCAACAAAUGCAAGCACCAAUGA